AUUUUUGUUUUCAUUUGUUCUUCUUUCGUCCCCCUCCAACUUAUUUCCACCUAUUUAAUUUCCACACAUCUGAUAGCUUUGACAAUUGUUAUGGGGUUUAUAAUUUGUUUCUUAACCUUUGUAAUCUGCUUGUGUUUCCAUUCAGGUGUAGCAUAAGGCGGUGGAUGUUAUCAGCCCCCACCCCGCCCCCCAGACAUGGGCCUAUAUAAUCAGUCCACUGCCCUUGUCCAACAGUGGACACAGAUAAUCGAGGAAAAGAAGAGCACUUGUCUCACGGUUGACAUUUUCAGAGGUCUUCUUUUAAACAAAGGUUUUUGGUGGAAUAGAAUAAUCAGGAGUGCCUAAAGAUGUGUACCGGAAAGUGUGCUAAAUGCAUCGCAGUGUCGUUGUACCCACUGGCGUUGACUUCUAUCAUCUGCAACAUCAUUCUCUUCUUCCCUGGUUGGGAUACAAAAUAUGUUUCAAAUGACGCGGAUGGCAAAGAAAGACUCACGCCUGAGGUGAAAUUCAUGGGAGGCGUUAUUGGCGGCGGCAUCAUGGUCCUUAUUCCAGCCAUUCAUAUUCACCUGACUGGGAAAGCAGGCUGCUGUGCCAACCGCUGUGGGAUGUUCCUGUCCAUUGGGUUUGCAGCACUUGGGGUCCUGGGUGCUAUUUGGAAUAUGAGUGCGGCUGCACUCGGCCUGUCUAAAGGACCAGUUUGCAGCGUUCUUGGAGUAUGGGGCCGACCAUUUGAUGUUGAAGACAGUGAUUACCUGACAAACAAAGAUCUCUGGAAGUUGUGUACUGAGCCUGAGAAUGUGGUGGAGUUUAACAUCGCCCUCUUCGCUGUCCUUCUGGCGUGCGCUGCUCUGGAGUUGGCCUUGUGCGGAUUCCAGAUGAUCAACGGCCUCUUUGGAUGUAUAUGUGGAACCUGCAACGGCAAAGAGUGAGUGGAGUGGAGAGGACCUCAAAGUAACACUUCAGCAGUUGCAGCCAAAUGAAGAAUCACGGAUAGCUGUCAACAGCACCUCAAUUGACUUUACACUCAUGAAGGCACAUAGUAGCCCACCUCCUAUACAUGGGUUCUAAAUUUUGUUUAUAACCUUACUGCGUGAACCUAGCUGUGCACAACUCAACUUCUGAUUGUUGGAAACCGCUGUCGGUCAAAAAAUUAGCUCACAUGGUUGGCUGCCAGUGUCUUGCCCCUCCUCAUAACAUUGUGUUGAUAAACACUGAGAACCCAUGUAUAGCCCACUGUGAAAUGUUAGGUUUUCAAGUUUUUUUGUUGAAAAUAUUUGGAUCUCUAUGUAUUUUUUUUAAAUAAAUAUGUUGUUAUUCUAAUAAAUGAUAUACUUUUUUCAACUGUUCAA